CGGCCCCGCCGUCCGCCCGCCCGCCCGCCCGCCCUAUAACUCCCCGUUGUCCGGGCGGGCGGGAGGUAGCGGUUCCUGCGGCGAGGGAUGGAGGCGGCACCGGCGCGACGGCCGCGCUCCCUCAGCAGAGCCUUGGCCGGGGAGCGCCCCGCGGGAUGCGGCUGCCCCCCGGCCCCCUCCGCCAAGGCCGAGGCGCGGGUGCUGGUCAUCAACACGGGCGGCACCAUCGGCAUGGUACAGGACGCCAAGGGACUUGCUCCUGAGGCCAAUAAACUAGUAAACAGCUUGGAAAAAAUGCCAAUGCUGCAUGAUAAGGCAUAUGCCCAGGAAACAAAACUGAACAACUCCCAUGAAUUUCCAGAGAACACAUUGGUGCUCCCUGUCUCCAAGCAAAACAAAAGAAUCUUUUACACAAUCCUUGAGCUAUCACCACUACUUGACUCUUCCAACAUGACACCAGAAGACUGGGCCAAAAUUGCAAAGAAACUUGAGGAGCACUAUGAAAAGUACGAUGGUUUUGUGAUCCUUCAUGGUACUGAUACUAUGGCAUAUACAGCUUCAGCCUUAUCCUUCAUGUGUGAGAACCUGGGUAAAACUGUUGUUCUGACAGGAUCUCAGGUGCCCAUAUACGAGUUGCAGAAUGACGGCCGAGACAACCUUCUGGGGGCAUUGCUGAUGGCUGGGCAGUUCGUGAUUCCUGAGGUGUGCCUGUAUUUUUAUAAUAAACUGUACAGGGGAAAUAGGGUGACUAAGGUGGAUGCUGGGAGUUUCAAUGCCUUUUCCUCACCUAACCUGCCUCCACUUGCAAAUGCUGAGGUUGAUAUUACAAUAAACUGGGAAACAGUGUGGAGAGCCAAUACCACAAAGAAAUUUCGAGUUCACACCAAUAUGAACAGGAAUGUUGGACUUCUGAGAAUCUUCCCAGGAAUCACGGCUGCUGCUGUUAAAGCAUUCCUUCAGCCUCCAAUUGAAGGCAUUGUACUUGAAACUUAUGGAAGUGGCAAUGCCCCAAACAACAGAGAGGACGUGCUGGAAGAACUGAAGAAAGCAGCUGAACGAAAAGUAGUGAUUCUGAACUGUACCCAGUGCUUACGAGGGUCUGUUAAAACCGUCUAUGCAACAGGGCAGACUCUCGCUGAUGUUGGAGUAAUUCCUGGAGGUGAUAUGACACCAGAGGCAGCCCUAACUAAACUGUCAUACACGCUCAGCAAGAGAAACCUUAGCUGGGAGGAGAAGAGGCAGAUGCUGAGUGAGAAUCUAAGAGGAGAAAUGACUGUUGUACCCACAGGAGCCAAGAUCUCUCUGAGAGAUAGCAAGUUUAUACAAGUGAUUGCCAAAUCUCUAAGUAUCAGCAGCAAGGAGGAGUUAGAAGCCGUAAGAGAUGCAUUAAUUCCACCUUUGGCUUGUGCUGCAGCUAAACUGGGUGACAUAGACGCACUAAGAGCCAUAGCAGAAAUGGGUGGAAACUUGAGCUGUGGAGACUAUGAUGGCCGAACUCCACUUCAUAUUGCAGCCUCUGAAGGGCAUUUACCACUAGUUGAGUAUUUGUUGAUGUCUGGCGCGACUGUUUAUGCUAGAGACAGAUAUGGAUCUACCCCACUGAUGAAUGCGAUCAAGUUCAGGCACAUACAAGUGAUUAAUUUGUUACGGGAAACGGGAGCGCACCUUUCCAGCCAGGACUUGGAGAAUACUGGAACAAUACUCUGCAGCCUUGCAGCUACAGGCGAUGUGGAUGGGUUGUAUGCCUGGUACCUAGCUGGUGCAGACCUGGAGCAAACUGGUUAUGAUGGCAGGAAUCCCUUACAAGUAGCAGAGGCUACAGGACAGAAGGAGGUUCUUGACUUCCUUAGACAAAAGCACUGAAGAAGAGGCUGCAGAAGAUGUUCAGUCAUCAUCAGAAAUACCGACUUGAACCAUUCAUGGUGUUAAGUCCUAAUGGGAGAAAAAGAGGAAAGGAACAAUGGUAGCUGUGCUUGGGGCAUACAGACAAGCUAGAGCUUAGAAUGGUUCUUUAUUUAGAAUCACAUUGUUUUGCUAAAAAUUAUUUGCUGCUUUAUCUUUUAAUCACUUUUUUUGAAAAGAAAUUCUUUUAAACAAGUGACGCUGGAAUACAUUGUCAUUCCUGUACAAAUUCUGUUUUUAAAGAGACCUUUUGAAUAUUCUUAUGUUAGCUCACUAACAGCAUUGCAGGCAUAGCAAAUGGAAAUGCUGUGGUGAUUUCAUACCAAGGAAAAACAGUGGAUUGUGCAUUUCUGGGUUACAACUAAUAAAAUCUCUGAGGAACAA